GUCGGAACGAUUUGGAGGCGGUUCGAGUACGCCCACCCUGCUAGUACACUCUCAUACACAAUAGCGUAGUCGUUUCUUACAUUGUCCAUCUCUUACAUGACGCCCGCAUCGCAAUUUUGCGAGUGAAAUCACCUUCCGCACCAAAAACAUACCGCUAUGACGCAAGCCCCCAAUUAACAUCUCUUAGCAUUCUCUUUCCCUGCCGCUCUUCGCUGUCUACCUCCCACCACCCUUAAUCACAUCAACCACCGCCCUACCUAAGGAUCAAAUCUCCACUCACGGCACUCGAAUUUCCACCGUCUUGAAAGACGCCAACGCUACUUCCAAAAGCACAAUGGGCAAAGUCAAGCAGCUCAUGCGCUCGCUGCGCUCCAAGUUCACAUCCUCCAAGUCGAAGUCGGCCCACCACACUCCUCAUCACAACGGAACAACCUCUUCCACGGUCUCGUCGGUGACGGAAGGCUCACGCAGCCUAAUUUCCUCUGUUGGGUCAUCGGUGUACGCUUCCAGCGAUACGCAGACGCCGCCAACAACUCCCUCGAAAACUCCGCCUCCUACCGCAUACAAGGAACUCGGCCACCACAUACUAAAAUCAUCUAUCUCAACUUCAGAAGCAGAAGAUCUUCAAGCUGAGAAGAUUGAACUCCGUGAGCCAUGUCUUGGACCGCGCGCGACAUUGGAAGUCAACAUCGCCAUGUUGGACUUCGCGAAGAAGUUGCCGCUUGAGGAGCUGAGCUUGAUCGGUUGCAGUUCUCCUCCAUCAUCUCUGAGUGGCGCAGAACAGGAUGCAUUGAGCUGCGGGGACAACGCAACUGCGAGCAACCCCAUGACCUACGACUCGCGCGAUUCAUCCAGAACACUGAGCUUGGCUACCAUAAGCAGUGGUCCAUCGUGGUCCUUCGCUUGUCGAAGCGCACAUCGAAUUGGGCGGAAGCCUGAAGAGCCGGACAAUUACGACGACGCGUCCUCGUUCGGUAGUCUGACUGACUGGGGUAUCACGAGCAAUGGAAAUGCGGCUCGUGGAACUCCGAACGACGCCGGGAGCGACGCGGUCAAUGGCGAUGACGAAGACACAAUGCGACCCGACUCUUGCGUACAAACGAACCACAAUGCUUUUUACCGACUUCCUCCUCCUUCGUCAAACGAGAGAGACAUUACAAAUUUCCAAUUCCCUAACCCCCAGAAGUAUGAUGACCGGGACACGAAUUCCGUCUAUUCAAUGCUAUCGCACCCUGGAGAACUUGAACACAACACGGUGAUUGACGUACCUUCACCCGGCCCGUUCGCGUUGCAUAAUGGGCCCUUGACAGCCGCGCCUUCCUUGACUGAACAAUCAAACGACUCGCACGAAUCUUUCUUGAGAUACAUUGAAACACCAAACGCCGAGAUUGCGAUUCCAUUUGUGAGCGAGGAAGACUUCGAUGCGUUACCCGACUGGUCUGAAGUUGAAGAUGAGGCCGAGUACAACACUUGCUUCAUCAAGCAGCCCUUCUUAUGGUCGCCAACAGCAAGUUCGUCUUCCAUCCACCUUCUGACAAUGGCUUCGCCGGCUGUGCAUAUACCGUCAGGGUAUCCUAGGGCUUCACUAGCACCUCGAGCGGAUAGGCAGACGCCCGUGAAAGAAAGAGGAGAGAAACGAAAACAAAGCGAGCCGCACGACCUAGGCAGUGCUUAGAAGAGGGCGAAGAUUAUCAAAGAUAGGAGGAGAACGAGGCUGCAGACUAGUACUAUCCUCAUGUGCAAGAGGGGCCGCGUCACCUCAUAAAGGUCUUGGGGCAGAUGAGACGACGAAGAAAAGGCUACCAGCUUACAGAGCACAGCCGCGGCUUCGAUAUGUUCGGUAGUUCCGAGCGGAAUCGACAGACACGAAGCCAAAAACCUCUUCCUUUUUUUCCCUCGGCAUGUCAUUGCUACGCCAUCGCUGUACUGUCCAUCGGCUGGCCCUUACUAUCUCUCUAUCAACCUCGCGGCAGGCUCCUCCUUCCCAAUCAGCUCUCGUGCCGCACGCCUGUUGAGCUGUACUACACCAUCUGCGGUCCUCUAUGAACUCGAUACAAUGCUGAGAAGCCCGUCGACGCGCGUCCAGCUAGAGCGACUGUCGAG